GCUGUAGACUUGUUGCUAACUUCACGCUAAGAGGAUUAUGGAGAUUAACGUAUUUAGGCUUCAGAUGUCUCAAUCAGUGGUCCAUAGAGAAAAAAACGACUGUACAGUGGUAGCUUCUUAUCCCCCUGAGGAUAAUCCUUAUUAUAGAGACGUUGUUCUUAAUAGUAUUCGGGAUUUAACCAGUGUCGAAGAUGAUCAAAUUUGUAUUCCAAGUGAGAGAUUUACUGUACAUAUGCUUACUGGGGAGUUAUAUUACAUAUGUUUGACACCAAAUGAAUAUUCACUGGAUAUUAAAUUUGAUGCGCAAGAAUUUUUGGAACAAGUUAGAAGUGUAUAUCGUGAUUUGGCUAUUUUAACAGAUUUUACACAUGAAUCACAUAAAUUAACAAAAAUCAAUUUUUCGGAGCCGCUAUUAAAAAUUAUAACGACAAAAAAUUAUCAAGAUGUCCCAUCUUUGCCAAUAGUAAAAGACGAACUCGCUCAAGUGAGAAAAGUACUGAUUGAAUCUGUACAAAAACUUAUUGACAGAGGUCAAAGACUUGAAGAGCUUGUGAAAAAAACUCAAAAGUUAGAAAUAACGAUGCGAAAAGAUUUUCAAUUGGCUCAGUAUAAGUCGAAAAAAAAACAAAACAUCUGGUUUGCUGCUCUCUUAUCGAUUGUAAUGCUUUUGACAAGUUUAGCGUUUGAUUUGUCAAUCAGUAAACGUGUCGCAAUCGUAUCCGACUAAAAAUUUUUAGCUGCACGAAAUAUUUAGUUCGUUCUUUUAAUUAUUUAAAAUACUUAAUUAUGCUGAUAUAGAAAAUUUUUCUAUGGCAUUUUAUCUAAAUUUUAUUUUGGAGUUUUUGAAUGAUAACCCAUUGGUCUUAUUUUUGUAUCGUUAUCUUUAAUAUGUGUUUUUAUUUUUAAUGGCUUGUAAUAUAAACAAAAUUUCAAUUACAACUUGUAUCUUAUUCAUGUUUUCUCAGUUCAAUAGCAAUCAAUAAUUCGAAAUGAUAAUAAAUUGAAUUAUCAAUGUUUGUAAAUAAAGUCUGGUUCGGUGGAAUGAAAAAACAAGAAAUCACGUACGAAAACUGAAGGAAAAAGAUAGAAUAGUCUAGAUAGCUUGGGGAAAAUUCAGUAAGAAAUCGAAUUGAGUGAAUUAGUCGACGAAUCAGUUGUUUGACUCGCAGAAUCUUUAUGAUGUCAGAGUGCUAUUUAAAUUCAAAGAGCAGCGCGUCGUUACGAGAUCCACAAAGAUAGUGUUUUGCGUCGCAAAAACGAAAUCAAUGGCUUCAGAUAAUUUCUAUAAAAAAAUUCAGCUUACGUAAUUUUCAUAUUAUUUAACUGAAUUUUAUUUGAAAAUUCCUCAAAAAAUUUCAUUUUCAGAAGUUCAAAAUGAACAGAUAAAUUUUUGCUGAACAAAGAUGUACCUGAAGACCGGAACGUUUACAUGCAACGAAAAUGAAAAUAAUUUGGUAAUUUGACUUUAAAGGUGACUCAAGGGGUAGUUGGGGGAGGCCUGCAAUUUUUGGUUGAAGCGCGAAACAUUUCUGAAGUUUAGCCUUCAGUAGAUUUCUUUACUUUCCAUUUCGUUUUGCGAAAAACGUUCCAAUUUUCAGAAACAUGAACAAAGACCUUAUCUACUAUUAAUCAGAAAUCAAAUAAAAAUAUACUAAAUUUUUAAUUGUUUGAUUGUUUUGAAUGAAAAGAAAUUGAGACGAAUUUUAAUUGUCAUUGACCAAAAAAGCAACUAAUAGGAGCUGACAAAGACGG